AGCAAAGCACAAAAUAAAGCAAUACUUUCUAGUUUCUCCCCCUAUAAUAUUACUACCAACCCCUCCAAAAGAAACCCCACACAAACCCAAAUCCAAAACAACAGCUCUUCCACCUGAAAAAAGAACCCACAGAUAAUCACAAUUAUCAUUCCAUCAUCUUCUUUGAAAGUAGUUCCAAAAUGGGUCUCUGCUUCUCGAAAUGGUCGAAAUCACACGACAUCCCAAUCCUAUCAUCCUCCGAAAACUCCCCUCGUACCAACAACUACCAACAAAUCCCCAAGAAGAAGCCCCAAGAGCCAUGGAACCCAACAGCUUCUUCGUCCAAACCGAAGUUACCUUCAUCUAUUUCAUCCUCGUCGACUUCUCAGUCGACUGGGAUAGGUCCCAUCUUGCGCAAGCCCUACGUCGACAUAAAGUUGAUUUACGACAUCGAAAAGGAGCUGGGGAGAGGUCAGUUUGGGAUCACCUAUCUCUGCACGGAAAAGGCGACGGGAAGAAAAUACGCCUGCAAAUCCAUCGCCAGAGGAAAGCUGGCGACGGAGAAGGACAUCCAAGACGUUAGGAGAGAAGUGAGCAUUUUGCAGCACUUGACGGGCCAGCCGAAUAUUGUGGAAUUCAGAGGGGCUUACGAGGACAGGCAGAAUCUGCAUUUGGUCAUGGAGUUGUGCUCCGGAGGCGAGCUUUUUGACCGGAUUAUAGCCAAAGUAUACUAUUCUGAGCGUGAAGCGGCUAGGAUUUUCAGACAGAUUGUUAAUGUUGUUCAUGUUUGUCAUUUCAUGGGUGUAAUGCAUAGGGACUUGAAGCCUGAGAAUUUCUUGCUUGUCAGCAAAGAUGAGGAUUCGCCUCUCAAAGCCACCGAUUUUGGCCUCUCUGUCUUCAUUGAGCAAGGAAAAGUGUACAGGGACAUUGUGGGAAGUGCCUAUUAUGUGGCCCCAGAAGUGUUGCGGAGGAAUUAUGGAAAGGAGAUGGAUGUGUGGAGUGCUGGAGUCAUUUUAUACAUACUUCUCAGUGGUGUGCCUCCAUUCUGGGGCGAAACGGAGAAUGCGAUAUUCGAAGCUGUUUUACUAGCCAAGCUUGACUUGCAAAGCGCUCCAUGGCCUUCCAUAUCUGCUCCUGCCAAGGAUCUCAUCAAGAAAAUGUUGACUGUGGACCCUAAGAAGAGGAUUACAGCUGCGGAAGCCCUUGAGCAUCCAUGGCUGAAAGAAGAAGUAUCAGAUAAGCCUAUUGACAGUGCUGUUCUAAGUAGGAUAAGACAGUUCAGGGCAAUGAACAAAAUGAAGAAACUUGCUCUCAAGGUAAUGGCAGAGAACCUUUCAGAAGAAGAAAUCCAUGGGUUGAAGCAAAUGUUCAACAACAUGGACACAGAUGGAAGUGGCACAAUCACAUUUGAAGAACUGAAAACUGGGUUGUCCAAGCUUGGAUCCAAACUCUCUGAAGCAGAAAUACGGCAGCUGAUGGAAGCUGCCGACGUUGAUCAUAAUGGGUCUAUCGAUUAUAUUGAAUUCAUUACUGCCACCAUGCAUCGCCAUAGGCUUGAGAGAGACGAAAACUUGUUCAAGGCAUUCCAAUACUUCGACAAGGAUGGCAGCGGGUUUAUCACAAGGGAGGAGCUAAGACAAGCUAUGACUCAACAUGGUAUGGGGGACGAAGCCACUAUAGAUGAGAUCAUUAACGACGUAGAUACUGAUAAAGACGGAAGGAUCAAUUACGAGGAGUUUGUGGCUAUGAUGAGAAAAGGAACGCAAGAUUAUGAUUAUUAACAGAGAUAAAUCAAUCUUUUAUAUCCCAUGUAAAUAAGUCAACGUCUGUAAGCUAUCAGCGUCUUUGCCCACCUUGUUUCUCUUAUAUAUCUUAUAUUCUUCUUUUUUUUUUUUCCUCGAAUAAGUUUCUCGCCUGUUCUUGGGAGAUCCAUUUAAAAUGUGGAUGCUGUAUCAUUAUGCAGGCGGUUCCAAUGUAUGAAAAUUACGUAUGCUGUUGCAAGUGUCGA